UCCAAUUAAAAAGGCAGGUAGCAAGAGAUCGAAGCGAUCGAAGAGAGAUGGACAUGGUGGCAGGAUUGGUGGAUGAGAAGCCAUUGGUGAUCUUCAGCAAGAGUUCAUGUUGCAUGAGUCAUUCAACAAAGUCAUUCCUACGUGGGUUUGGGGCAAACCCUACAGUUUACGAGCUGGAUCAAAUGCCAAACGGGCAGCAAAUCGAAAGGGCGCUGCUGCAGCGGGGUUGCAGGCCAAGUGUACCAGCUGUGUUCAUAGGCCAAGAGUUGGUGGGAGGUACGAACACAGUCAUGAGUCUCCAUGUACAGAACAGGCUUGUCCCUUUGCUAAUGAGAGCUAAAGCUAUUUGGAUUUGGAACGAUCGAUGA